AUGCUUCCUUACAUUAAUAUACCGUUUGAGUGGUUGUCUGGAGUGGUGGGGGCUUCUCCUGAUGAGCUCAAACUCAUAUUCUCCCUCCUCGCCUCAUACCCGCUUGCUGGCCUCUUGAAGCGAGUUCCAGAUGCUCGCCCCGAAUAUAAGAAUCUAUUUAAUAUAGGUGGAGGCCUAUUCUAUCUUGUAGGACUAUUCUCUCUAUGGGUCGGCGUUCGAACCCUCUUCAUCUCAUCCGCCGUCACGUAUGGCCUUACCUACUACUUACGAACGUCCGCCUAUAUGCCAUGGAUGGCCUUCGUAUUCCUUAUGGGCCACAUGGCUGUAAACCAGCUCAGUCGCCAGUUCGAUGGUAACCCUUCCGGAGUUGAUAUUACCGGUGCGCAAAUGGUACUUGUUAUGAAGUUAUCUGCUUUCGCUUGGAACGUGGCGGACGGCACCCUACCCGAGGACCAGCUCAGCGACUUUCAGAAAAGCAGAAGAAUAGUUAAGCUUCCUAGCUUACUAGACUAUGCCGGAUAUGUGUUAUUUUUCCCGGGACUCUUGACUGGUCCGGCCUUCGAUUAUAACGAGUAUCGCGCCUGGAUUGACUGUUCUAUGUUUGACGUCCCGGCCACUAUCGACCCCGCCAAGAAGCCACCCACCAGGAAGAAGCGCAAGAUUCCAAGGAGCGGUACGCCCGCUAUGUUGAAAUUGGCGAGCGGUCUCGGGUGGAUUUGGGUCUUCUUGAACUUGAGUAAAUGGUAUAGCCCUGAAGCCCUCCUCGAUGACCGCUCUCCUGCAGCAGGGUUCCUACGCCGCGUUUUGAUUAUGCAUAUGGUAGGCUUCACCGCCCGCUGUAAGUACUACGGCGUAUGGUCCCUAGCAGAGGGUUCGUGUAUUUUGGCCGGCCUGGGUUUCAAUGGCGUAGAUCCCGUGACGGGUAAAGUCUCAUGGAACCGACUACAGAAUAUCAAUCCAUGGGGUGUAGAGUUGGCCCAAAACAGCCGCGCCUACCUUGAGAACUGGAACAUGAACACUAACAAGUGGUUACGUUACUAUAUCUACCUCCGCGUAACACCGCGAAAUAAGAAACCAGGCUUUCGCGCCAGCAUGGCCACUUUUGUGACCAGUGCGUUCUGGCACGGCUUCUACCCGGGAUACUAUCUCUCAUUUGUCCUUGCGAGCUUCAUCCAGACAGCCGCAAAAAACUAUCGUCGCCACCUACGACCUUUCUUCCUUGACCCAGCCACGCAGAAGCCACUCCCAAGCAAAAGAUACUACGAUAUAGUGUCGUGGAUAGCGACACAAACAACCUUCUCAUUCGCAGUAUCCCCUUUCAUCAUCCUACGUCUAGAUGACUCCCUCCGCGCCUGGGGCCGCGUAUACUUCUACGCAAUAGUUACCACGGGUGCUAGCCUAGCGUUCUUCGCAUCUCCAGCUAAAUCUCAACUUCGUCGGAUGCAGGAAGAACGCACACGUGGUCGUGGCACCAGUAGUGGUAAAACAUCCCGCUCCGCAAGUGCGGAUAGUUCGGCCGGUCCAGUGCUGGGCCUUAGCGCCGACCCGGGUAAGGAUAUUGAUGAGGCGUUGCAAGAGUUGCGAGAGGAGGUGGAGAGGGUGAGGAAGGAUGCCGAUGGGAAGACGGGUCAGAACGGGAGUCGUGAGGGGAAGAAGGAAUUGUAA